CUACUUUGUACCUCUCCCUUUCAUCCAUCAAUCAACCAUAAAACUCCAUCAUCAUGUCUGACCAAUACGACAUAACACCGCGCGUGAUCAUCGCUCGCCAUGGACAGACGGAUUGGGCUAGGGUUGGCCGCUUCACGGGCACUACAGAUAUCGAGCUGACCCAAAAGGGCAUUGGGCAGAUCUCCACUGCAGCGGCGACGCUCGUGGGUGCUGGCAAACUGCUAGACCCACGCCGCCUCACACACAUCUAUGUCAGCCCCAGGACGAGAGCUGUAGAGACCUUUAAGCUGUUGCUGCCACAGUACUCCGAUUUCGUUCCAGGGAAGGUUACCUUCACCGAGGACAUUGCGGAGUGGGACUAUGGCAAUUACGAAGGGCUCAAAGACAUGGAGAUCAGGAACUUGAGGAAGAUGAGGGGUCUGGAUGGGGAGAGGGAAUGGAACAUCUGGACAGACGGAUGUGAGGAUGGAGAGUCAUCGCAGCAAGUUACCGAGCGGCUAGACAAGCUUAUCCUCCAGAUUAAAGAGAUCCAGAAGCCUUACAUGCGUGGCGAGAAACCCGCUGAUGUGCUUGUUGUCGCACAUGGUCUGAUCCUCCGCGCUUUUGCAAAGCGCUGGAUCAAUUGGUCGAUCGAUCGAGAUUUGCCAAUGGAGAUACAACCGGGAGGAAUUGCGGUUCUGAGUUAUAAAGACAAUGACACUAACAAGCCGACUCUCAAUCUCGGCUUGGCGUUGCCGUGAAAGGAGGGACUUGAGUUUGACGAGAGUCUACUAAUUUCCACUACGAAGGAGCUUGU